AUCGAAAACAUGACGUCUGUGAAGGCCCUAACAUAACCUAUAUAAAAUUAUAAAUAUUUCAAAUAAUAAAAACUAAGAGAUGAGAUCGAAAUGAAAAUCUGUAGUUAACGAAAAGUACUUUCUUUCGAUGAAUUAUUUAGACAAAACACUGAGCCCAAUUCUGUAAAUGUUCAGUUUUAUGUUUGUGCCUAUAAUAAGAAGAACAUAGUUCUUACGUUCAGUUCAAUCUACAGUGUAACUUUCAAUAAAACUAGUGUAAAUAAUAAACAAGCACUUAGCUUCUCAAGUUUCUAAACCAGUUAAAACCAUGGGUGACAAUUUUCAAAAUAAAACAAUGGCUCCGGUUAUGAUGGACUAUGAUUUUAAAGUAAAGACUCAAAACGAGCGUUCGAAAGUCGAGGAUCUGUUUGACUUCGAAGGUUGCAAGGUUGGCAGAGGGACUUACGGGCACGUCUACAAGGCAAGGAGAAAAGACGGCUCGGAUACAAAGGACUACGCGUUGAAGCAAAUCGAAGGAACGGGAUUGUCGAUGUCAGCUUGUCGAGAGAUCGCGCUACUCCGGGAACUGAAACAUUCAAAUGUGAUAAACCUUAUAAGAGUUUUCUUGUCACAUACGGAUCGGAAGGUGUGGCUGCUCUUUGACUAUGCAGAGCAUGAUCUGUGGCACAUCAUCAAGUUCCACAGGGCUGCAAAGGCUAACAAAAAGUCUGUUAUGGUUCCUAAGGGCAUGGUCAAGAGUUUGCUGUAUCAGAUUUUGGAUGGGAUACAUUAUUUACAUUCCAACUGGGUGUUACAUAGAGACUUGAAACCAGCAAAUAUUUUAGUGAUGGGCGAAGGCCCUGAGCGGGGCAGGGUAAAGAUUGCUGACAUGGGCUUUGCCCGACUCUUCAACGCACCAUUGAAACCCCUAGCUGACUUGGAUCCAGUGGUGGUCACAUUUUGGUACAGGGCGCCAGAACUCUUGCUAGGGGCACGACAUUAUACUAAAGCUAUUGAUAUUUGGGCUAUUGGUUGCAUCUUUGCUGAGCUACUCACAUCCGAGCCGAUAUUCCACUGCAGACAGGAAGACAUAAAGACCAGCAACCCGUACCAUCAUGACCAGCUUGAUAGGAUAUUCAAUGUCAUGGGCUUUCCGCAGGAGAAGGAUUGGGAGGACAUCAGGAAAAUGCCAGAGCAUGCUACUCUAGUCAAAGAUUUUAAAAGAUCUAAUUACCAAAACUGUUCACUAGGAAAAUAUAUGGAUAGACACAAGAUCAAGCCAGACAGCAAAGCAUUCAGUCUAUUGCAAAGGCUUCUGUUGAUGGACCCAAACAGGAGAAUAACGUCGGAAUUGGCAAUGCAAGAUCCCUACUUUUCUGAAGAUCCAUUGCCUACUCAGGAUGUAUUUUCUGGAUGCCCCAUUCCCUAUCCAAAGAGAGAGUUCUUGACUGAUGAUGACCAGGAUGACAAGAGUGAUUCUAAAGCGAGACAAAAUCAACAACAGCAGCAACAAAAUAAUACUCAGCAGAAUCAGGUGCAAGCCAAUAACCAUGACCACGGAGCCAGCAACGCGAAACGAAUGAGAAUGCCAGGUCCGAACCAAGGCAACAACACGGGCGGCGGCGCGCCGCAGGACUUCCACCAGCAGCAGAUGAUGUUCGGGCAGCAGCAGCAAGGCAACCAGCAGCAGGGCAACUUCCAGCAACGCUUCUAGAAUAUCCUACCAGCGUUCUGUCACACGCUUAUCUGAAGGCUUGUGGUUUACCUACUCGUUUUUUGCUAAGCCUUGCGAUGUAAGGCGAUCCACUGUCAGACAACUUCCAACAACGCUUCUAGAAUAUUCCAACAGCGGAUUCUCACUCUAAUUUGAAGAAGAAAGGCUUAUGGUAUAAUAGAAGAAAUAUUAUUUGCACCAAUAAAUGAUAUCGUCAAAGAGAAUUUGAAAUAGAGGAGGAUUGUCAAAGAAAACUUUGUAGCCACAGCAAGAAAUAGGAUCACACGAAAGAAUAAAGAUCAAAGUCAAAUGGCGUUAUAAAAGUUUUAAUCAUGUGUCGAAAGAGAAAUUUACGUGGCGACCGAGUUUUUUUAACAAUACAACUCUAUUUCAAAUUUUCUUUCAUAUCACUAUAAUAGCUUUUUUACAAAAGUGUACCCUGUAGUUUUUUUUUUAAACCGAACAAAUUUUGGGUUAUGUCUACUCAGAAUCACGAGCAAUAAAAUAAGUGUCCCACUUUUAACUGUCAGUUUUGUAACGCUAUUAACCAUACAUGUUGUAUGGACCGUGACAAAACUGACUAAUGGAAAAUUAAGGAUAAUUAAGGCAAAACGGGUAUUUUUUUCUUCUGAAGACCCCCAAUAAGACAAUUAGCAUCCGGUUUUGUUUAAAGUAAACUUGAGCUAAACAAUGUAGAUCCCAGUUACUUUUCUACAUUUUAAUUUCUAAAUGUUCCUAGUAUUCCAAAAUUUUCAAUUGGUAGUCGUGCGCACUUCACACCUCUUUUGCCCUAUUAUAUUCGUAAAGAUAUGACCAAUCGGUGCAAAUUAUAUUUCGUCAACAUACAGGGCGGACAAGCCAUAGUACGGAAAUCGUUCUAAUAUCUACGUGCGCACGGCAUGUCUGUGCACGCCUUAAUGUAAGUUCCUACGCCGGAAAAAAUGGAUGGAACUGAGACUUACUGCUGAUAAUUAAAGUAA